AUGAACAUUGGCAUCAUGAAGGCCUCACAGUCAACAGAACACAUUGUGGUCAUCAGUGUGCCCGGUUCACUAGUUGAACCUGUUAAUCUGGAGCCGAUGUUCAUCCGGUUUUGGGAUGACAUCAAUCCUAACCAGUUCCAGGAGAUCAAGGGCAGGCAAAGCACUUGGCAAGCUGUUGAAACCAAAGUCCCCCUCAAAUCCAUUGUGCAAGUUUCACCUUCAGACAUUGAUAUGUUUCCUUACCGAUCAAAUGAUGGUACACUAGCUAUCAUCUCGACCAAAGCAGGCCAUCUUCUAUCUGCAUCCAAAAGCAAACAUAUCACUACUUGCCCCCUCUGCCACAUGAAAGUCACCAAUAUCCAUGCCCAUGUUGGCCAGCAUAUCUUGCGCACGUCCAUGAACACACCCAAGAAGAUUAGUCCGAAAGAACCAGUUGGUGAUGCUCUUCCAUGCAGAUUCUGCAGCCGUUCUGGACUUCCUGAAUGUGCUAUCACCAUCAAGGUUCCUACGAGCAGCACCCCAGAAUGGGAAAUGAAGUGCGCCUACCGACACACAUUCAAAUAUGGAUUUGUGGACCACAGAUUGAAGAACAAUCCCUGCUGGAACAUACCCUUGAAGUGCGGUCUGUGCCAUCCAACCCUCCCUCCUGAACCUGAGAAAAAUUCACACAAGUUGCCAGUUGCUUUUGUCCAAAGUGUCUGGCGCUACAAUAUGACCACCCAUGUUCUCAGUGAGCACAAAGAGUACACCAUUCCUGGAUGCAGAGAGGCCAGUGCUCCUUUGCCUGAGAGUGUCUGGAAGUCUAUGGAGUUGAGUGAGCUCAAACAGGCCUCUGCUAGCAUCCCGACAGAGUGCAGGCAACCUUUGCAUAAGGGGAAGGAGAAUGUGCCAGCUUCAGGUUCUCACUCCCUCAAAUGCUCAGCAACAGCAUCUGCAGGACCCACAACAUCCAAAUGUGCUCGCCCUGCUAUCCACCCUCUUCAGACUGCACAUACUUUACUUGUAUGA